AUGGGAGAGGGAUUGUUUGAUCAGAUUAUGAUUCCUGACAUGAACGCUCUGGAUACGAAUACUCAACUCGAUGUGGGAGAUGCCUUCCUCGCCCAGGAGCAGCCUCUCAUCACUGUCAACUCUUCACCACUCGAGCAACCUUCAACAUCAAGCACUCCCUACCCUCACACUACCACUACCACCACCAACAAAUCUCCCUCUUCAUCUAUCCCAGGAACAUCCACCUUCUCCCUCCACCCAUCUCCCUCCUCUUCAUCAGGCUCCUCCCGGAAGCGUAAAUCGUCACCGGAUGACGAAGAGUCAGCUGUCACCCUUAAACGCCAACGCAACACCCUCGCAGCUCGCAAGUACCGCCAAAAGCGACUCGAUCGCAUCUCGGAGCUCGAGGAGGCACUGGCUGCUAUGACAAAUGAGAGGGAUGAUAUGAGACUUCAACUUGCCAGGAGAGAAGCUGAGGUGGAUGCCUUGAGAGAAAUGCUGGGAAAGAAGUGA